GUCCCGCGGUGCCUGGCGCGGUGCUGCCGUCGGGAGCUGGGCGGUGCACGGGCCGUUGCGUUUCCCGGGGAGCGGCUUUCCCGGUCGCCUCCCGCGCCCUUGUGCGGACGGACGGCAGCUCCGGACUCCCGCGGCCUGUCCAGAUCUCCAGUGCCUGUUGGGUCUUUACCAAGAGGGAAGUUGCCAGCGUACAGUUACUUACCCGCUGAUGUAGGUCGGGCGCAAUGGCUCCGUAGAAAGGCCGGGACCGGGCGGCGAGGGAGCCCGGCAACCGAAGGAUGAACGGCGAGGAGGAAUUCUUCGACGCUGUCACAGGCUUUGAUUCUGAGAACUCUGCCGGGGACUUUUCAGAGGCCGAUCAGAGGGUUGCUGGAGUGAUGCGCGUGGACACUGGCAGAAGCAGUGCGGUCGGAAAGGUCGAGGAGAGGCCCCCUCGAGAGAAUGGAAUUCAGAAGCACAGGACCUCGCUGCCUGCCCCGAUGUUCUCCAGAAGUGACUUCAGCGUGUGGAGCAUAUUAAAGAAAUGCAUCGGCUUGGAGCUGUCCAAGAUCACCAUGCCCAUCGCCUUCAACGAGCCCCUGAGUUUCCUGCAGCGGAUCACAGAGUACAUGGAGCAUGUGUACCUUAUCCGCAGCGCCUGCUGCCAGCCCCAGGCCCUGGAGAGGAUGCAGUGCGUGGCGGCCUUUGCAGUGUCUGCGGUGGCUUCCCAGUGGGAGAGGACCGGCAAGCCCUUCAACCCCCUCCUGGGAGAGACGUACGAGCUGAUCAGGGAGGAUUUGGGAUUCAGAUUCAUAUCUGAACAGGUCAGCCACCACCCCCCCAUUAGUGCGUUUUACUCAGAAGGCCUCAAUCAGGACUUCCUGUUUCACGGCUCCAUCUACCCGAAGCUCAAGUUCUGGGGCAAGAGCGUGGAGGCUGAGCCCCAGGGCACCAUCACGCUGGAGCUGCUCAAACACGGGGAAGCCUACACCUGGACCAACCCUACCUGCUGUGUACACAACGUGCUUGUCGGGAAGCUCUGGAUCGAGCAGUACGGCACGGUGGAGAUCGUGAACCACAGAACCGGAGAUAAGUGUGUGCUUCACUUUAAACCCUGUGGAUUGUUCGGAAAAGAACUUCACAGAGUGGAGGGCCACAUUCAAGACAAGAACAAGAAGAAGCUCUUCAUGAUCUAUGGGAAAUGGACAGAGUGCUUGUGGGGCGUUGACCCAGCUGCGUAUGAGUCAUUCAGGAAACGGGAGAGGAGAGGUGACUUGCCGAGCAAGAUGCAGCCGGACGAUGGCUCCCAGAAAGCCGAAGGCGACGCGGUGGACACCGUGCCCGAGGUUCAGGAGACGGUGCAGGUCAUUCCUGGCAGCAAGCUACUCUGGAGGGUCAAUACUCGGCCCCCCAACUCUGCCCAGAUGUACAAUUUCACCAGUUUCACUGUCAGCCUCAACGAGCUGCAGAGCGGCAUGGAGAAGACCCUGGCGCCCACGGACUGCCGCUGGCGCCCUGACAUCCGCGGCAUGGAGAACGGGGACAUGGAUCUGGCGAGCCAGGAGAAGGAGCGGCUGGAGGAGAAGCAGAGGGAGGCCCGGAGAGAGAGAGCCAAACGGGAGGCUGAGUGGCAGACAAGGUGGUUCCACCAGGGCAGCAACCCGCACACGGGGACCCCCGACUGGUUGUACACGGGGGGUUACUUUGAGCGGAAUUUCUCCCGCUGCCCGGAUAUCUACUGAGGGCUGGAGCGGCCGCGGGACCGGAGGCUGGACUGCGCCGAGCGGCUGCCCGGAGCUGCGGCUGCCGCAGAGACUGGCUUCUCCAGCGACCGUGUGCGCAGCGGCACCACCGUCCCCAGUGGGGGUUUUAUUCUAAUUAACUUUCGAUUUUGCCAAACAUUCUACUACUGUCGCAGCCUCUGUAAAGCUUCACUUGGGCUCAUCAUGUUCCCGUCGAGGGUGGAAAAGGGAAACCCUUUGCAGUCCCUCCACCAACAGGACCUGGCUGGGCUGUGUCGCUGACCGCACCCUCUUCCCUGGAAAGUUUGUAACUAAAGCCCGUGACCGGGAGGGGCUCCCAUAGUCGAAAAUCCCUCCACAGUCCUCCUCAUCACGCAGGGGCGCAGGGCUCCCGGGACUGUCGGAUGUGAACCAGUAACAGGGAAGAUGGAUCUGGAAGUCCUUGGAGGAGCUUUACCCGGGCCAGGAAUGACGGUAGUGCGAGCGUGGAGGUUGUCAAAGCAGCAGAUUGAAUGAAAUGAAAAGUUGUCAGAUUCUGUAUUUUUUACCAAUCUUCGAUAAUGUAAAGAUUACUUUUAAAAUAUUUAAGUUAAAACUACUUGAAUGGUAUUUUGCUGAAGAGCAUAUGCAUUAAUCCCCAAUUGUCUGUCCGAGAGGAAGCGCUACCCUGACACUCCGGGCCGGCCGGAAACCUCGAGGGUUGUCGACCGCACUCCCUGGGCCGCUCCCAGCGGGGAAGGGAGCCCUGCCUCUGCCCUCGUCCGCUCCUCUUGUCACCAGGGCGUCCUCGUCAGCGCGGGCCACACUGCUGCAUCACAGAGCCAGUGUCCUGGCCUGCAGCGUCUUGCCCACACCCGCGGCGCGGUCGUGUCCCCGUCGGCCCAGCAUGUGUGUUCAGACGCGGGCGAGUCCCAGCGGGCGGGCGCCGCAGGAGGGCCCAGAGCAGCCUGUGAUUAAAAUUAUUUAACAAAAACUAAGCGUAUGUCCAUUUAGCAAACAUCUUUUCAAGUGACUGUGGUCUUUCUGUAGAAAUGUCACCGCCACAGGGCACAGCAGAGCUCCGAGCGGAAGGCCUUCCACCGACGGCUCGCACAUACUUGCACACUCAGGCACAUGCGGUCUCAUGUAGGGAGUGGCGGGUUCUCGGGAGAGGGUGUCGUCACUGUGUGUCCAGGCUUCAACAUCACAUUUGUAAUUAAAACACUUUUAAAAGCGAA